UUUUUUGGGGGAUUUUUUUGCCAUCCUGGAAGGGGAUGCUGCCCCUUUAUUCCAAUUUUUUUCGGGGGGGGGAUUUUCCAGUCUCUGCUGCACUCAAAGUCCGGCCCCCUUAAUUUGGGAUUUCCCCUCUUUUUUUGGGAUUUUUUUGAGAUUUUUUGGGGCAAUUUUUUGCCAUCCUGGGGGGGAUUUCCCCCAUUUACUCUGAUUUUUGGGUGAUUUUUUGCAGUGGUUCUGCGAUUCUCACCACACCCCAAGUGGGAUUUCCACUCUUUUUUUGGGGAUUUCCCCUCUUUAUUUGGAAUUUUCUCCCUUUUUGAGAUUUUUCCCCCCUUUAUUUGGGAUUUCCCCCCAUUUUUUGGGGGGAUUUCCCCUCUUUAUUUAAAAUUCCCCCCCCUUUUUUGGAUUUUUCACUCCUUGUUUGGGGUAUUCCUCCUUUAUUUAGGAUAUUUUUGGUGGGAUUUUUUUUUUUGCCAUUUCCCCAUUUAUUCUGAUUUUUUGGCUGCUUUUUUGGAAUCUGACUCCCCCCAAGAGGGUUCUUCCUCCUUUAUUUGGGAUUUUUCCUCUUUAUUUGGGAUUUUCGCUCUUUUUUAGGGAUUUUUGAUCCUCCCUUUGUGGGGUCUUUCCUUUCUUUUUUUUUUGGGACACUGACACUACUUUGGGGAAAAUUCCCCCCCCCCCCCUUUUUGGGGCCUUUCUCCCAUUUUUGGGGUUCUCCCUCCAUUUUUGGGGUUUCCCUCCCCGCAAUAAAAUUUCCUUGGACCUGUGGCUGCUCCGGUUCCUUCCCAGUUUGGGACUGGGAGCACUGGGAGGGGCGGGGAGGGGCACUGAGGGGAUGGGAAUUCUGGGAUUUUUGAGGAGUUCAGGACUUUGGGUCAAUUUGGGAUUUUUGGCGGGGAGGAAGGGUCAUUUUUGGGUGGGAAAAAAAAUUCCCAAAAUUUGGAAUUUUCAGAAUCUCCUGGACUGAUUUUUUUGGGGUUAUUUUGGGUUCAUUUUGUGGGGUUUUGGUUAAUUUCAAAGGGUUUGGAGGAAUAUUUUGGGGGCUUUUGCCUCAUUUUUGAGGUUAUUCCUUAAAAAAAAAAAAAUUUUUUUUUAAAUUUCACCCCUGGGAAAAGCAGGAAUUUUUGGUGGUGUUUUGAGAUUUUUUUUUGACCUUUCUGGGGCUCAAAUUUAAAAAAAUACAACCCUGAAAAGUGAAGUGAAAAAUCCCCAAAAAGCAGAAAAAUCCCCCACAAAAAAAUCUCACUUCCCUUUUUUAUGUUUUUUUUUUUGGCUUUUUUUGCAUUUUUGACGUUUUUCCUGGGGGGGGGUUCUGGGGCAUUUUUGGGGCUUGAGUCACACAAAAACCACCAAGAUCGGCUGAGAACACCCCAAAAGAAAGGGAUUUACCUGGAAACAGAAGUGCAGGCUCCGGAGCAAUGUUGCCACUCCAGUUCUUGGCCUUCCUGGUCCUCGGCGUGGGAAUUUCGGGAAUUUUGGGAAUUCCAGCGGUGCCAGCCCCAGGAAGGAGCCCCGUGGAGCUCCCCCACGAGUCCUGGCAUGGAGCCGAUCCCACUCCUGCCCGGCUCCAUCCGCGACGGCCGCGCUCCGAGCCCUCCCGUUCCUGGCUCCGCUGGGUCCCUUUCCAGGGCCAGGUCCCGCCCGACGCCGUGUCCAGCUGGAACCGCCGCUCCGGCCGCCCCGAGUUCGUCUGCUCCACCCAAACCCUCGGCUGCAACCUGGGCGCCUUCGACCCCGAGCGCGGCCCCUUCUGCUCUUUCGCCUGGGCCGAGCAGGAGCUGAGAAGCUCCGAAUUCCAGCUCCUGGUCAACCCCGGCGGCUUCGAGGCACUGGACUGGGUGGACACCUCGUUCGGCAGCACGCCUGAGGGGGCCGUGGAGGGAUGUCCCCUCACCGACAUCUUCGUGGGCCGGAGCCAGGAUGGGCUGGGCAAAGUAUCCAAGGAGCAGCAGGCAUUGUUCGUGGCCGUGGACGGGGAGGAGAUUUGGUACAAAUGGUACCAAAUCCUGGUGGUCCGCCAAGGCCUGGCCGAUAUCUCCAUCGCCAAUGUGUCCUACAAUGGCAGCGCCGCCCUGGAGAGCUCGGAGGAUGCGGUGCUGGCUGAGGUCCUGGUGAGGAACGACGGCUGCGAGGUGGCCCCAAAAUCCGUCACCAUGGAGGAGGCCACAGAGAUCGAGCACGGUUGGAGCUCUGAGCUGCCGGCGCUGGCAGCCGCCCGCGGGCUGCUCCGGGCUGCUCCGCUGGUUUUCACCGAAUCAGGAGAGUGGGAUUUGGGCAAAGUCAUGGCCGUGCCGUGGGCAGGCGGCGCCAGCGCCGGCGAGUUUGUGUCGCGCUUCCAUCGGGUCCGCGAGGAGAUCCCGGCGCGCUCUGAGUGCGCCGUGGUUCUCCAUGGGGUCAGGCGUGAGAUCCGUGUCCCCUUCUCGGCCUGGUUGACCAGGGAAUUCCACUCCGGCCUCCAGCACCGCGUGGUCAUCUCCGGGUGGGCGCAGACCCACACGGUCACUGGCAUCCAGGCCGGCCUCGAGCGCUGCCGCCAGCUCACUGAGCUUCCACCCUGCCCAAAUUAAGGAUGGGGCAAUUCCUGGAAAAUUCAGCUUUUCCCCCAAAAAAGCCCCACAAAUCCAUGGAAACGCUUGGCUACGCCGCGAUUUUCCCGUAUUUUCGGUGUUGACGGCAUAAACUUCAUCCCAAAUUGCAGGAAAAUGUGGUUUUAUGGCUGUGCUUCCUUUUCUCUCUCCCAAAAAUCCAACACCGCUGUGAAACGCAGUAAAAGCGUUGUGGUUUGGA